CCAGCAUAAUAUUCCUGCUGCUAUAGCUUUCCUGAUGCCAUAAUAUUCCUACUUCCAUAACAGUACAACAUCGGCCAUAAUCAAGUGCAGCAGACCGACAAAGCAUGGUAGAACCCUGCAUCACAGCAACCAAUUCAUACGGCAACACGAACAGAAGCCAACACACUCGCAUCUAAAACUGCAUCACUUGUCACCCUUCAGAAUUAAUGGAUUGGGCAGCAGUUAAUUGAAGCAUACCACAAUGAAAAUCGAAGUCUGCAUCAAAACAUUGUGACCAUACAUGUGCAAAGCAAAUGACCGACAGGCUAAUUUAUGAUGAGCAUGCUGAGAAUGGCCUGAAGUUCACUAUUGUGAGAUCUUAUAACUGGAUUGGACCAACAAUGGACUUCAUUCCUGGUGUGCAUGGCCCGAGUGAUGGUGUCCCCGGAGUUUUAACUUGUUUCAGUAAUAAUCUCCUUCGUGGUGAGCCGCUCAAGCUUGUUGAUGGCGGACGUUCCCAGAGAACCUUUCUUUAUGUCAAAGAUGCAAUUGAGGUUGUUUUGUUAAUGAUUGAUAACCCUAAUAGAGCAAAUGGACACAUCUUUAAUGUGGUAAACCCGGACAAUGGAGUAUCUGUGAAGCAGCUAGCUGAGCUUAUGAUAAAGGUAUAUGCAAAGGUGGAUGAUGUACCUGCCUCUAGUCUAUCAACUCUGGAUGUGACUUCAGAGGAUUUCUAUGGAAAAGGAUAUGAUGACAGUGAUAGGCGCAUCCCUGACAUGACAAUUAUCACUAAGCAGCUUGGUUGGAAGCCAAGGACAUCACUUGAUGAACUGGUGGAUUCUACCAUUCAAUAUCAACAUCAGACAUAUUCUCAUGCUAUCAAGAAAGAACAACUCCAAAACUGGUGAUUGCACCAUCGAGAGUAAGCUCUAGAUCCACAUCCCCUUUCUCUAGAAGACCAAGCCCUCCUCGUCCAAGUACGCCUAUUCCAACAAUGUCGGGACUUUCGUUCUCCAAAAAUACUUCAAACGACGGAACCGAUUCAAAGGCCAUGUCCAAUUCUGCAUCACACCUGCAAGUGCAAACCAAACGAUCUGCAUGGUGCUGAAUGGUUUUCAAAAGCAACUGUAAAGAGGUUCCCGCAUGUUGUUGGUGUCACCAAUUUAGAGCAUUUUUCAUGAAAACUGAACCAAGUAAGACAGGAUGCUGAUGAAACUACCAUGCUCACGUGUGAUGUAACUCAUGUGCUGCAUAGUGAUGUAAGCAAAGAAUUUAAAAACC